AUGUCAAGUUUGUUAACGGAGAUCUUUGGCGCUGCCAUUGCCGUAACAUUGGUUUUGGCGAUCACCAAGUACUGGCAUGGCCGGUUUACCAAGUUGCCUCUACCACCAGGACCACCGCAAAAAUGGAUAUCUGGAAAUCUACAGCAACUCCCCAAGUUCCAGCCAUGGUUUACUUACGCUGAAUGGAGCAAGGUUUACGGUCCAAUCUUUCAUUUUCGAGCAUUCACAAUCAACACAAUCGUGUUGAACAACGGAAAGGCUGCUCUGGAUCUUCUCGAGUCUCGUUCCAGCAUUUACUCCGAUAGGCAAACAUCUGUUAUGCUCGACAUUCUCGCUGGGAGGCAGUUAAGCGUCUCGAGGGUCAAGUUCGAUCACCCGCGUUUUCGUACAUACCGACGAAUGUUGAAUUCCGCACUGAAUCGGGAGGCAGCAAAAGCGUAUCAAGACAUACAGACUGAAGAGGUCCAUACCCUACUUCGAGGGCUCGCAAAAACUCCCCAGGAAUUCCUCGUAUUGCUAAGGAGGAAUGCCGGAGCUGUAACUCUGAAGUUGGCUUACGGUUAUCAAGUAACCUCCAACAACGACGAAUUUGUCUCUCAAGUUGAUAAUGCGUUCAUAUAUUUCGGGAAGAAAAUGUCAAGGCUUUUUCUAGUAGAUUUCUUCCCCAUCUUGCGCUUUGUUCCAUCUUGGUUCCCGGGAGCAGAGUUCAAGACCAUCGCGAAAGAAUUCAAGGACGCUAAAGUGGAUGACUAUCCAUUCCAAUGGGCCAGGUCACGGAUGAAAUCCGGUGACUUCGAGGAGUCAUUCACCUCUAGGUUUCUGCUUCCGGAAGACGGACGCGUCCUUACGGAAGAAGAGGAAGACAUUGUCAAGUUUUGCGAUGCUGGGAUUUAUGCUGGAGGCGCGGAUACUACCGUCUCCGUUAUGACUACAUUUAUUUUUCUCAUGGUCAGGCAUCCCGAAGUGAUGAAAAAGGCCCAAGCAGAUAUUGAUCGUAUAACCAAUAAAGAACGCUUUCCGAAUUUCGGUGACCAGGAGUUGCUUCCAUAUAUCACCGCCAUCAUCAAGGAGGUUCAGCGUUGGGCUCCUACUGCGCCUCUGGGUGUACCUCACCGAGUGAUCCAAGAUGACGAAUACAAUGGAUUCCGCAUUCCCAAGGGUAGUACGAUCAUCGCUAACAUUUGGGCGAUCACUCGCGACACAGAUAUCUAUCCUAACCCAGAAGUCUUCGACCCUCAGAGACAUCUGGGAGACCAUCCGCAGGCCAAUCCGUUCAAGUUUGUUUAUGGGUUCGGAAGGAGGAUAUGUCCUGGCGCCCAUUUUGCUGAACAGUCGCUGUUUCUGAAUAUCGUCAGCAUUCUCGCUGUUUUUGAUAUUCUUCCAGAGUUAGACAGCAGCGGAAAGCCUGUUGAGCCACCUGUAGAGUUUACUGGUGGAAUCACUGCACAUAUUAAGCCUUUUGAAUGUAGGAUUGUUCCCCGUGUGCCGCAGUUGUUGGAGACGUUGGGAAUCUAA